AUGACCCACCCAGCCCUGCCCCAGUGGGGCCUGCUGCUGGUCAUUCUGCUGGGACCCACCUGGGCCUGGCCUGGCCCCAUGCUCAGGGCGCUGUCCUCGCAGAGUGCUCUGGACCGGGCAGCGCUGGACAGCCUGUUAAAUACGCUGGCGGCCCGUGUGCACUGCACCAGCGGGCCGUGUGGAAAGUGCCUGUCCGUGGAGCAAGCCCUGGCCCUGGGAGGGCUCCCUGGGGGCCCGGUGCUGGAGCCCAGGCAUGUGGCCCGCCUCAGUGCCGCCGCUGCCCUCUACUUGAGCAACCCUGAGGACACCUGUGCCGAUAUCCUAGCUGGACACUGGGCCUCCCGGGCGGACCACCUCCUGGCCCAGCUCCAGGGCCCUGGGGCCCUGAUCCCAGGCCUGAGCUGGCUGCUGCAGAGGAUCCAAGACCGGGCUGCCAGCCCACCCACUGCCCAGGGGGCCUGUGUGGAGCUGCCCCAGCUACUGAAAGAAGCAGCGGAGGUGGAGGCCAUGGGCCACCCUGGGCCCGUGCUGGCUGCCGUGCUGGACCAUGUUGGGAGCGGGUCCUGCGUUCUCGGCCUGCCAACGCCCCAGUACUUUGUUGACUUCAUCUUCCGGCAGCACAGUGGCAACACGCUGCAUCUCACUCUGGCGGAGCUGACAGCCCUGAUGCAGCACCUGGGGCUGGGUGGAGCAGCCGAGAUGCCUGGUGAUGCCCACAGCCACGGCCCACAUGGAGACCUGGGGGCAGCCCAGCCCCUGGGCACCGUGCUCCGUGCCACUGCCAACAGCAGCUCCAGCGUAUGGGACACAGUGUGCCUGAGUGCCAGAGAGGUGAUGACUGUGUAUGGCCUCUCGGAGGACACAGGAGUAACCCCGGCUGCCUGGGCCCAGCUGAGCCCUGCCCUGCUCCAGCAGCAGCUGAGUGGGGCCUGUAGCCCCCAGGGCAGGGCCUCCACCCAGAACCAGCUCAGCCUAGCAGAUCAGUAUCUGUACGGCUCACUGGCGACUCUGCUCAUCAGCCUCUGCGCCUCACUGGGCCUCCUGUUGCUGUGCUGUGCCAAGUGCAGCAUGGCCACUCACUACGUGCUGCAGGCCUUCCUGGGCCUGGCCGUGGGUGCCCUCACCGGAGACGCCCUCCUGCACCUGACACCUAAGGUGCUGGGGCUGCAUGUCCACAAUGGGGGUGUAGAUGACCACGGCCCCCAGCCCACCUGGCGCCUCCUGGCCAUGCUCGGCGGCCUCUACACUUUCUUCCUGUUUGAGAGCCUCUUCAAUCUUUUGCUGCCUGUGGAUCCUGAGAACCCAAAGAACGAGCCCUGUACCCAUGGAAGCCACAGCCAAGGAGGCCACAGCCAUGGUGUGCCUCUGCAGCUGGCACCCAGUGAGCUCCGGCUACCCAAGCAGCCGCAUGAGAGCUCUCAAGCCGACCUGGUGCCAGACGAGAGCCCGGAGCUGCUGAGUCAGGAACCCCAGAGAAGGAGACCAGAGCUGAGACUGCUGCCUUAUAUGAUCACGGUGGGCGAUGCCGUGCACAACUUUGCGGAUGGCCUAGCUGUGGGCGCCGCCUUUGCAUCCUCCUGGAAGACUGGACUGGCCACCUCUCUGGCGGUAUUUUGCCACGAGGUGCCACACGAGCUGGGGGACUUUGCUGCCCUGCUGCACGCUGGACUGUCCGUGCGCCGUGCACUGCUGCUGAACUUGGCCUCGGCGCUCACGGCCUUCGCCGGCCUCUACGCGGCACUAGGGAUCGGCGUCACCGAGCAGAGCGAGGCCUGGAUCCUAGCUGUCGCCACCGGUCUCUUCCUUUACGUGGCGCUCUGUGAUAUGCUCCCAGCUAUGCUGAAUGUGCGGGACCGGCGGCCCUGGCUCCUCUUCCUUCUGCACAACGUGGGCCUACUGGGCGGCUGGGCUGUGCUGCUCCUGCUGUCCCUGUAUGAGGAGAACAUCGUCCUCUGA